AUGGAUAAACUAGGACGGCUAGAGGCACUUCCUGCCGAGCUUCUAGAUGCGAUCGUAUCGCACUUGAGAGAUCGUGAUUUGGCAUCUCUAUUAGCCACAAACAGACAGCUAUGCCACCAGCUUGACCCAAUCUUCUACAGCAGAGAACAUGUCAUGGACCUCGCAAUGGGCUGGGCGUGCUCGCAUGGGAAUUACCAAGCCAUUAGUCGCUUAGUCUCCCUAGGUGCCUCCCCUAGUGUGGUUUACGUGAGCACCAGUUCUUCGGGGUGUUACAUCAAAACUUCCACGUUACAUCUAGCAGCCACUAAAAAGCAAGUUGAAGCUUUUCGGUACCUGCUUGAUAUUGGCGCACGGCUCGAUAAUCUUGAUGUGGACAAGGGCGCCAUCCGUCAUUUUGUCAGCCGCAUUUGCAGCCCCGGAAAUGAUUGGGCUCUGUUGCGACUCUACCUGGAUGCCGGCCUCGACCAUCAGCUUCGUAUGGGACACUAUCGACACCAUCCCCCAUCUACCAUACCUUUGCUAGGGGUAAUCGCCCAAUCGGCAUCGGCCUCUCCGCUGGGUCCGGUGCGCCUUUUACUGGACCGCGGUGGCGACCCCAAUGAGCUAUUCUCCUAUAGCAACCGACUAGUGACUCCCCUGACUGUGGCAAUUCGGAAGGCGCAAACUGAAGUUCUAGAUCUCCUCAUCGAGAAAGGAGGAAUCAUUCAUGGACCCAAUGUUGCUCGUCCUGUCCGUCGGCCUUGGCAUAUUCCCAUCAUGGCCGCUGCAGCAUGCAUGUCAAGCCAGGGGACAGCCGUGAUCGAGCGGUGCUUACACCAUGGCGCAGACAUCAACCAUCCAACACCGGUGAUAUGCGAAAAUACCUACCAUGAUUGCAAAAAAUACCGAUACAUGAGUCCUGCGCUUGUCUAUAUUGAUUCCAUUAACAACUGGGACGAACCGACACAUGCCUUACCCCCAGUCGAUGGACUCGUAUUUCUGGCUAGCCGAGGGGCACACCUUCAAAAACCCAUUCCCAUUCCAGGUCGUGGAGACCUUGAGCGAAUACACCGUGCACCUUGGGUGCGGUGCCAUUGGAGCCCUUCCCAAAUGUGCCUGGACUUCAUCCUCGAGAAGUGGGGACUGAUCAAAUUGACCACAAUUCCAGGCCUUCUCCUGGCUGUGAAGUAUCUGCUCCGACACGCAGUCAGUAUUGGCACGCUAGCUGAGUCACUCGCUUCCUACGACUCUAAAAUUUCGGUGUUUGGGGAUCCACCAGUCGAAGUUUCAGCGGCAUGGCAAGGUCUCUUGACCUAUGUCCUGGAUGAUUUAAAGGUGGACCCUACCACCCUAUUGGCCCAGUACAUCCUACAAAAGGGCUUAUGCAUAUGGAAUAAGCCCCUACAGAAAAUUGGCCGUGCCACAAUUGAGAGGCUUUUGGCAUCGGGGGCCAACAUCAAUGCCCGCAUGGGGGUCAAGCACGGACCAACGGCUUUGCAUGCGGUAUGCGAAGCAUUUAAUAAAGAGCUCCUGGAAUUGAAAGGAAGAUUUCACUCUUAUCAUUGGAGGGAGAAGCUCGAUAUACAGGCCACGUAUCUUGAGUACUUAGCAAGUCGAGGAUCUGAUUCUUCCAUCCGCAUUGGUGGCCAAACAGCUAGUGAGGCUCUCCUAAUAAAUCAGGUGAAUAUGCCAUUGGCGGUUCGGCAAAACAUGCUGUCUGUAUCCAAAAUUAUGCAGGAGGGCAAUGUAAUUUAA